AUGUAUCUAUCGUUAUAUCUGACUCUCUCUCAGUCUGUCUAUCGAUCUAUCUAUUGGCGACCUUUUCAUAUCUAUCUAUCUAUCUAUCUAUCUAUCUAUCUAUCUAUCUAUCUCCCUUUUCAUUUUCCAAUCUAUCUAUCUCUAUCCUUUUUCAUGUAUCUAUCGUUAUAUCUGACUCUCUCUCAGUCUGACUGUCGAUCUAUCUAUUGCGUCUUUUUCUUUUUCUAUCUAUCUAUCUAUCUAUCUAUAUCUAUCUAUCUAUCUAUCUCCUUUUCAUUUUCCAAUCUAGCUAGCUCAAUCCUUUUCAUGUAUCUAUCGUUAUAUCUGACUCUCUCUCAGUCUGUCUAUCGAUCAAUCUAUUUGCGUCUUUUUUCUAUCUAUCUAUCUAUCUAUCUAUCUAUCUAUCUAUCUAUCUCCCUUUUCUUUUCAUUUUUCAAUCUAGCUAGCUCAAUCCUUUUCAUGUAUCUAUCGUCUUUUAUAUCUCUAUCUCUCUCUCAGUCUGUCUAUCGAUCAAUCUAUCAAUCGUCUUUUUAUCUAUCUAUAAUCUAUCUAUCUAUCUAUCUAUCUAUCUAUCUAUCUAUCUAUCUAUCUAUCUCCUUUUCAUUUUCCAAUCUAGCUAGCUCAAUCCUUUUCAUGUAUCUAUCGUUAUAUCUGACUCUCUCUCAGUCUGUCUAUCGAUCAAUCUAUUUGCGUCUUUUUUUCUAUCUAUCUAUCUAUCUAUCUAUCUAUCUAUCUAUCUAUCUAUUUAUCUAUCUUUCAUUUUCCAAUCUUUUCAGCUAUCUAUCAAUCCUUUUUCAUGUAUCUAUCGUUAUAUCUAUCUCUCUCUCAUCUGUCUAUCGAUCAAUCUAUUUGCGUCUUUUUCAUCUAUCUAUCUAUCUAUCUAUCUAUCUAUCUAUCUAUCUAUCUAUCUAUCUCCUUUUCAUUUCCAAUCUAGCUAGCUCAAUCCUUUUUCAUGUAUCUAUCUAUCUUAUAUCUGACUCUCUCUCUCAGUCUGUCUAUCGAUCUAUCUCUUUUAUAUCUUUUCUAUCUAUCUCUAUCUAUCUAUCUAUCUAUCUAUCUAUCUAUCUAUCUAUCUAUACUCUCUCUGUCUAUUUUCAUUUUCCAAUCUAUCUAGCUCAAUCCUUUUCAUGUAUCUAUCGUUAUAUCAUUUUCCAAUCUCUCUCUCAAUCUAUCUAUCGAUCUAUCUAUUUUCUAUCUUUAUUAUCUAUCUAUCUAUCGUAUCUAUCUAUCUAUCUAUCUAUCAUUUAUUAUCUAUCUCCUUUUCAUUUUCCAAUCUAG